AUGGCGGUUGAUAACACAGCUAAUUCCCCUCAAAACCUGUCCUUUGGCGGUGCACAGCAACAAAAUGCGCCUGCGUUUGGGACGCCCGCAACACAAGCGCAACCUUCUGCGUUCGGCUCUCCAUCCGCUUCUAGUUUCUCGUUCGGCGCAGCUGCAACAACAGCAUCCACCGGCCUCGCCUUCAAUACGCCUGCGUCUGGAUUUUCUACAGCACCACAACAGCAACAACAAGCGACUACAACGUCAACUGCACAACCUGCACAAUCAGGCUUCGGUCUAGGCGGGGCUGGAUUCGGUCAGUCGGCUUUCGGAAAACCGAAUGCUGGAUUUGGAUUUGGAGGAACUACUGGUGCAGCACCACUACCAUUUGGAUCUGCGACACCAGCUACCGGCUUCGGCCAACCUGCACCAACUCAGGCGACUACAAGUGCGCCAGCAGCAUCCUUCAGUACACCAACGGGUUUCGGCUUCGGCGCAACCACGGCUUCCCCUGCACCUGCUUUUGGUGCUAGUACUCAGGCGACAACACAGGCUGGACUAAAUUUUGGCACUACAACUACUCAAAGUGGACUAAGUUUUGGUGGUUCAUCAGCUAAACCUGGUUUUGCCUUCGGUCCAGCAUCCACACCAGUUGCUUCUACUGGUUUAGGAGCGCAGGCGCCUGGACUAAGUUUUGGUGGCGCUACAGGGGCAGCGCCAGUAUCAUCUGCAGUUCCUACUGCAGGACUUAAUUUUGGUGGCACACCAGCGUCUACAGCAGCUACAAGUCUUAGUUUUGGCGCUCAGGCUGUAACUGCGGCGCCUACAACUGGACUAGGUUUUGGUGCUCCGACUGCAUCUGUAGCACCUACAACUGGACUGGGCUUUGGUGUUACUCCAGCUUCCGCAGCUGCACCUGCCAGUGGACUAACUUUUGGUGGCACGCCAGCGACAUCAGCAGCACCUACAAGUUUAAGUUUCGGUGGCAUACCAGCUUCUACAGCCCCCGGACUAAGUUUCGGUGGCACUCCUAGUUCAUCAGCAGCCCCUACAGCUGGCCUUAGUUUUGGAACGACAGUAUCGUCAGCACCAACUACAAGCCUCAGUUUUGGAACGCCAGCCACUACCACAACUGCGGGGCUAAGUUUUGCUGCUCCUGCAUCCACGGCUACUCCUGGUUUAAGUUUUGGUACUUCAACAUCAUCGGCGGCACCAACGGGAUUAAAUUUUGGUGGCACAUCAACUGCUGCGACGUCGGCUGGAUUAAGUUUUGGUGGCACAACGGCGGCCACGACGUCAGCAGGUCUCAGUUUUGGCACUACAACAACUUCCAGUGGUCUAGGCUUUGGCACUGGCACUUCUGCAGGAUUGGCAUUUGGCAAGACUGUUAGUACUACCGCCGCCUCUUCUACUGCAGCAAGCACAGCAGCAUUAUCGGGUAUAACGACGCUUGGCAAAACUACAACCACAACCACUAUGGCCUCUCUUACCACUGCUACUACCACAACAACGGCUGGUCCACCUCAGCCGUUCACAGCAAUAACGUUCACUCAGUUAGAAGAGAACAUCAAUAAAUGGACGUUGGAGCUGGAGGAGCAAGAAAAGACGUUUAUCAACCAAGCCACGCAGAUUAACGCGUGGGAUCGAUUGCUUAUCGCAAAUGGGGAAAAGAUCGUAGAACUGAACGACGCAGUGCAAACAGUCAAAAACGAACAACAAAGUCUAGAACACGAAUUAGACUUUGUCCUAGCGCAACAGAAUGAGUUAGAAGGCUUGCUGGCGCCUCUAGAGAAACAAUUGCUCGAAGAGGGAGGAGACCGGCUGAGGGACCCUGAAAGGGAACACAUGUACUCCUUAGCAGAAAACCUGGACACACAGCUACGUCAGAUGUCCGAAGACUUGAAAGAAGUGAUUGAGCACCUUAACGAGACUAACAGAAGCCAGGAUAGCAACGAUCCUAUCGUACAAAUCGGGCGCAUACUCAACGCACACAUGUCAUCAAUGCAAUGGAUCGACAACUCCAUAGCGCAAAUAUCCACGAAGCUGGACCAAUUGAAAGCCACACACGACACCCUGCGGCGUGACAAUGAAAGAUCGUUCCAGCUUACUUAUAAUUAAGUGUUAUUUUUAAUUGAAAAUACGGAACAAUUUUUUAGUCAACCUCUCAAAUGCUAUUACUGCAAAAAGUAAUCAAUAAAGGUAACCAGACCAAUAACUCGUCGGCUGUGCGUCGGUAGCUGUCGAUACAUCGACCCCUCCUACGUAAAGCAUCGUAUGUCGAAAUUGCCAAGUUUACAGGAGAGCGUUUUUAAGUUCUGAAUUCACUGAAAGAGUG